AUGCUGUCGCCAUUCUUUCUGUCGCUUGUUCUCGCCAGCAGUCGUGUCCUGGUCGGUGCUGCCGGCCCCGUCGAGGACUACGAUGUGCUGCAGUAUAUUAACCCACUGAUCGGCAGCGCGAACGGAGGAAAUGUAUUCGCAGGCGCCACGCUGCCAUACGGCAUGGCCAAAGCCGUCGCCGACACUGACUCAGAAUCCAACCAAGGCGGUUUCGCCUACGACGGCAGCAAUGUCACCGGCUUUUCGAGCAUGCAUGAUUCUGGCACCGGAGGCAGUCCGUCACUGGGCAACUUCCCUCUUUUCCCCUACGCCAAAUGUCGCGACGACGAUGUCAACGGCUGCGUGUUCCCGAAGAAGGCGCGCAAAACGAGCUACAAGCACGACUCGGUCAAGUCGAGUCCGGGGUAUUUCAGUCUUGAGAUUGCCUCGGGUGUGAGGGUGGAGAUGACUGCUGCUCAUCACACCUCACUCUUUCAAUUCCAUUUCCCGCCGGGCAAGGAUAAUAGUCCGUUGGUCCUGCUGGAUCUGUCUGAUUUGUCUGAUACUCGUCAGGACAAUGGAACUAUCUCAAUUGAUCAGUCGACUGGUCGCAUGACUGGCAGUGCUAAGUUUUUGCCGAGCUUUGGCAGUGGUUCUUAUAACUUGCACUUCUGCGCGGACUUCCAAAGCUCGGGCUGGCUGCGGGAUAGUGGCGUCUUUGUGAAUACUCGCGCCAGUGACGAUGUUCAUGAUCUGACCAUUUCUCGCAGUAUUAAUGGCUACCCUCUUCCAGGUGGUGGAUUUAUCCGCUUCCAGAACCCUCCAAAUGGCCUUGUCCAAGCUCGUGUCGGUGUGAGCUUCAUCAGCCCGAAGCAAGCAUGCUCGCAUGCAGAGAACGAGAUUCCAGACUUUGACUUCGAAUCGACCAAGUCGGCUGCCAUCGCUCAAUGGACCGAGAAGAUGAAGCCAGUUCGCGUUUCGCGAGAUGGGAUCAACCUUUCUGUUCUCACUAAUUUCUACAGUGGCAUUUAUCGGACUAUGGUCAAUCCCCAAAACUACACCGGUGAAAAUCCGCUCUGGACCAGCAGAGAGCCCUACUUCGAUUCUUUCUACUGUCUAUGGGAUUCUUUCCGUUCUCAGAUUCCCUUCCUCACGAUCUUUGACCCAUACUCAGUGACGCAGAUGAUUCGCUCUCUGAUUGAUACUCAGCGCAAUCUUGGAUGGCUCCCCGAUUGCCGCAUGUCGUUGUGCAAAGGAUUUACGCAAGGUGGAUCUAAUGCCGACAAUGUCAUCGUUGACGCUUACGUCAAAGGCCUUGAUGACGGUGUUGACUGGGAGGCAGGCUAUGCCGCUGUCCAGAAAGAUGCCGAAGAAGAGCCCUUCGACUGGUCAAACGAGGGUCGCGGAGGUCUGAAGAGUUGGAAGGAAGUGCAUUAUAUCCCGGUCGAGGAUUUCGACUACGAGGGCUUCGGAACCAUGACGCGUAGUAUCUCCCGUACACUCGAAUACUCCUACAAUGACUAUGCCAUUGCGCAAAUGGCGUGGGCCAUGAACAAAACAGCGGAUGCACAACGCUACGAGAAUAACUCGCGUGCCUGGAGGAAUCUGUUCAAAAAGGACCAGACUUCCUUUCUGAAUAAAAAAGACACUGGUUUCACAGGCUUUUUCCAGCCCCGGUACUAUAACGGUACAUGGGGACAUCAGGAUCCGUUGAUGUGCUCCAACAUCGACGUGAGCGGAAGCAUCUGUUCACUUCAGAAUACUGCGGGGGAGACUUUUGAGUCGAGUAUCUGGGAAUACCAAUUCUUCGUGCCUCACGACAUGGCAGCCCUCGUCAAACUCCUCGGCGGACCAGACAGAUUCGUCGAGCGUCUUGACUACCUCCACGACCAGCAAAUCACCUACAUUGGCAACGAGCCCGCAUUCCUUACAGUUUUCCAAUAUCACUACGCAGGCCGACCCGCCAAGUCCACCGCUCGAGUCCGCACUUAUAUCCCUGACUACUUUUCCCCAACCCCCGCCGGACUCCCCGGCAACGACGACUCCGGCGCAAUGGGCUCAUUCGUUGCGAUGUCGAUGAUGGGUCUAUUUCCGAACCCAGGCCAGAGCGUUUAUUUGAUUACGGUCCCCUUCUUCAAGUCUGUGAGCAUCAAGUCGCCUCUAACCGGCAAGACUGCCACCAUCCAGGUGACGAACUGGGAUCAGUUCAACACGAACAAUACCAGCGGCAACAGCACCGGUGGUACUGGUUUUAUCCACUCAGCAUACCUGAAUGGCAAGCCUUAUACGCGCAACUGGGUUGACCAUGACUUCUUUACUGAGGGCAAGGAACUGCUUCUUACCCUGGGUGCUGAGGAAGGUAGUUGGGGUACCGCCCCUGCAGAUCUACCACCUUCUCUAUCGGAGACCUCUGGAGUCCAAGGACGAGACUGGAGCUCUAUGACUCAAGAGACUGCCGAUGAUGAGUUUAUCCCUGUUCUUGGCCGAGGCCGAAGACAUUUGGCUAAGCAUGGUUUGCACUUUGAGCACCAUGCGAAGUUUGCUAAGGGCUGGUGA